AUGUUCCCCCACUCCCCUGUCCACAACGUCCCUCCUCCACCCCCCCUCCUGCCUUCCCCACUCCCACUCUGCCCCCCACACCUCUACGAGCCGUACCUCCCCCUCCAGCCUCCCUUUUCCCCCCCAGCUACUUCCGCAUCCAGCCCACCUACCCCAGCCUCCCUCUACCUCUCCCUAACUCCACACCGCCGUUCCUACCCCCAGCCAGGGUCUACACCCCUUGCUUUUGCUCCCUGUGCUGUGCCGUCCCCAACCUCCGUCCGCCUUUCCGCGGCACCAGACCGCCUCUCCCUCCCCCAGCCAACCUCUGCACCCCCUGUUCCUGCCCCUUGUGCCUUCCAACACCCUACCCCAACCCCCCCCAGUCUCCCCCUUCUCCAACACCCUCCAUAUUUCCUCCCCCCUGGGGCUCGCCCAUCCGCAGGGCUCCUUAGAGCACCACGUGGAGCAGCCAGGGCUCUGGCCUUCCUAGAGGAGCCAUGCUCCCCGACUCCUACCAACACCCAGCCACCCCCUACCGGCCCACUACCCCCCCCUCCACCAGGCUCCCCCCCACCCGGCAGUACACACAUCUCGGAGGUUGAAGCAUCUCUACGGCCAAAUCCCUCUCCCACACGCUACAGGCACCCAAACCACCCGAGUCGCCGCACAGCCCCAACACGCCCACCCAACAGGCUGCCCCCCUCACACCACCCACCCCAGGCAGCCGAGACCCACCCGCAAGGGCUUGCGCCCCAGGCUCAUGGGAGCGACGGCACCCGGGUAGAGGGACCCACAGGAGAGGCCACCACAGAGCCCACACAAAUCUCUCUCCCCCCACCGCUUGUACCUCGCUCUAACCUCCACACUGGCCCAGCCCCUCGACCCCCACCUCCAACCCCCUCUCCCGGCCGGGUUCCCCACGAGUGGCCCCGUUGGGCAGCCAUCACCCCCCACACACAGCCUGCCCGAUCUGUUCCCACGGACGGGGAUGUUUCGAGGAGAGAGGGGAUGCACACAGAGCACCCCCCGCCUGGCGAACCACCCAUCCUCCCUCCACCCACCCCUUUGGCCCCACAGCCCCCCCUUCCUUCACAAACAGGCGCGGACAACCAGGUUGGCCGCCGGCGGAAGAAUAGGGGCAGAGGAGGCAGAGGGUCAGCCCACGUACUCCCCCCUCCCUCCCUCCCCCACCAAGAGCCCCUCCCCACCCCACAUCCCAUUGAACCCUUACCAGGCCCUACCUCUACAGCCCGACCACCAAACCUACACUCCCGCCCCGCUCCUGCACCUCCACAGGGCCAUGGGAGCGGACCAGCCCACUCACCCCCAUUCUGCCCCUCUCGUGCUGUGUCCCCCUCCCAGGUGGCGGUGGCCGCGAUCGCUACUGGGAUGGAGGCCGUCGGGUUGAGGGAUGCGCCCAUGGAAGACGCCACCGACUCUCCCUCCCAUCCCUCCCACCCCUUCCAUGUCGACGACCCCCCACCGCAACCCAUGGUGAUUGGGGAGGGCCAAGGGGGCCUUCUAGGGCAGGGUCCACACCCGAGCUCCGCUCAGCCAGCACGCCCCACUCCACCCUCCACCCUGCCAGCCCUCCUACUCUCACCCACAGGCAGGCAGGUCUUCGAGACCCCAGAGGAGGUGAGGGCUGGCAUUUCAGAUUUGCUGGCGAUACACUGCCCGAGCAGCUCUCCGGCUGCCCCCACCCUUCCAGUCCCACAGGACCGGACCCGGACGUAUGCGGAGGUCACCCGGUCUGUCCCUUCUUUUAUCCCCCCCGCCACUCAGCCAGGCGCGUCACUCCCGACCCCAAUGGAGACGGACCAGGUUCUGAGGCCAUGUCACGCGCACCUAGAUGGGGUGGCGCCUCCCCCCGUUCAGCCCGUGGCGCAGGAGGUCACCAGCAGUAGGGAUGAGGCAUCCGCCCCUACCGAGACCCCUCCGCCUGGGGUAGCAGAGCCGUCACUUGAACCGCACCCCGCCGAGGGGCAGGAGCACACCACGGCACACACUUCAGGCUCACCUCCACGUCCCCCCUCCCCAGCUUCGACACCGGUACCGGCACGAGGCCCGGCCCUAUCCUGUGCGACACCACCUCUAUCUUCGCUGACACCCCCCCCGCACGGGGCGGGUGAGUCGUCUCCUCCCCUCAUCCCAGGCGAUCCUCUCGGAGCUCAGGCCGCCCACUGGGUCCCCUCUACAGCCAGUUCCGACGCCACGGCCCCGAUUGACCCCGCCGACACGGCGACAUCACCCGACCAGGUCGUGAGUUGCCCCACCUGCAGGAGCUCUCUCGCAAACCGACGCGCGCUCCAGCACCACAUUCCCUUCUACCAUCCUGCGGACGCGGCUCGCAAGGCGCAGGCUGCCCAUGAUACCGCCUCGAUCAUCCCUUCCCUCUCACAGCCCCGUGCAACCGGGAUACAGUUCACCGACGCACAGUGGCAGACGCUCGACUCGGUGGACUGGACAGAGUACUUCUCGCCCGAGCGUAUCCAUGCACGCCCUCUCCGACGUGUCCCGGAGAGGGUCCGCGGAGGAUAUCUCGACGUCCUCAGUGCGAUCCUAGUCCGCAUUGCCCAGGACCCGGAGGCUGCUGGCCCUACCUUCCUCCUCGCUGCAGCGCCGACUCUUUUCCUUGUUCCAGCGACGCCACCCGACCGCUCGCACACGGCUGCCAUUGCAACGCGCAUCUCCCGCUUUGGUCGAGGUGAGUGGGCUGAGCUAGUCUCAGAUGCACUAGGCCGUCGCACACCCCUUCCUCGGCGCACAGGUCACCGGUCACGCACCGCCACCGAUCCCUCUACAGCAGAUGAGCGCCGCAUUGCACGUUGCCUUCGUCUGGCUGCGUGCAAUGAGACCUCACGGGCGUGCGCGGCUCUCGAGUCCGCGGAGGCAGCCCCAAAUACACAGGGGACGAUACAGCGCCUGCAGUCGAAGCACCCCAACGCGGAGAGGCCGACCCCAGCUUGGCAGUCAGGCUUCCAGGGGUCCCCUCUCGUGCUCUCGGUGGAUCACUUACACCGCGCGAUUUUCACAGCUCCGCGGGGCUCUUCGAGAGGACCGUCCGGUUGGGUCGCUGAGCACCUGCGAGACACUUUCCUAGCUUUCCCUCAGAGUCUCCAUUUCCUCCUUGCCGUGUACCAGCAGUGGCUUCGAGGCCGUUGCGCUCCAGCUGUGCGCUCCUUGCUAGCGUCUUCCACCCUCGUGGCUCUGGCGAAGUCGAACAUGGAUGUUCGGCCGAUUGCCAUCGGCGAGGUUUUGGUCCGCAUUCUUUCUCGUGCAGUCUGUCUCCAGCUACGUGACCAGAUGGCGAGGGUCUUCUUGGCGUCACAGCAGUUUGGGGUGGGGGUUACGUGCGGGACAGAGGUCGUAGUUAGAGGCGUCCGCCGCGCUCUGGCUGACCACCCAGACUGGGUGGUCUUGCAGCUAGACGUGGCGAAUGCCUUUAACUCCUUCCACCGAGACAGGAUGUUCCAGGCGCUGCAGGCCAGCCCGGAGUUUCAGUGCCUGAUCCCCUUCAUCGGCCUCUUCUACGGGACGCCCUCGGAUCUCCACUACAGGUCAGGCACGGGAGUGGUCACGAUGCACUCGGAGCGGGGCACUCGCCAGGGAGACCCUCUCAGCCCCUUCUUGUACGCUCUGGCACAGCGUCUUGCUUUGGAGCCAGUUCUGGUGGAGGGGGAUGUCCAGCUCUGGUCGUACGCCGAUGACACGUACGUGCUAGGUCCCCCAGACAGGGUGCUGCACCACUUUGCCGAGAUUGUGAGGCGCUUGGGCGAGAUGGGCCUUGCAGCCCAGCCGCACAAGUGCCUCGUCUACCAGACAGAGUCCUUUCUGUCCAGGGAUCUGGAGGCCUUCACGGGCCUAGGGAUCGAGGUCGCACGCCGAGGGCUCACCGUGACAGGCGUACCGGUAGGCACCGUUUCGUUCGUGGAGCAGAGUCUCCCGGAUCGUCUCGAGAGGAUGGGGCGGGUGCUACCUUGGCUUCCAAGGUUGCGCCAGCCCCAGACAGCUGCCCGCCUUCUGUCGGCGUGUGUCAGCACUCGUCCGCAGUACCUGUCGAGGACCGUCCCUCCUUCGCCCGCAGUGAUCUCUAGUUUUACACGGUGGGACGCACGCCUGGGAGAGACAUUUCAGCAGCUUUUAGCUUCAGGGACCUGGGCUUGUCGCGAGGACGUCCGAGAGGCCGCCCUAGACCAGAUCUUCCUCCCCAUCCGUCUCGGGGGUUUCGGCAUUUGUCGCAUGGCACGCAUUGCCCCGGUGAGUUUCGUGUGCUCCUGGGUGCAGUGUGCUCCCAUUCUCUGUUCUCUCCCUGCGUGUGGCGAGGCGUUUCGGCAGAGCUUCGCUUCAGGUGAGCCAGAGCAGAUCGACCGGGCUCUGCAGACGGCGCUAGAGGGUCUCCCACCUGACGUUCUCUCUCUCCUUCCCCCCUGGCCCUCUUGCGCUUCUGCCUCCCCCGAUUCCCUUUUUGCAGGAGCGAGCCGUCUUCUGGAGGCGCAUGCCUUGGAGGCCGUGCGUGCCCGUCACGCCUCUCCCUUGCACCUUGCCCGUUUGACCUCCCUUCAGGGCGGAGGUGCAGGGGCGUGGUUGACGUCGGUGCCGUACGCUGACCCACUGCGCAUCCCGGAGGCGCUGUGGCAGACGGCUUCAUCUUCUCGUCUUGGUCUCCCUAUCCCCCAGUUAGCCCUUGCAGGUCAGUGCUCCUGCGGACAGGCGAUUGACGACAUGACGGUGCCUCAUCACGCGGUUCGGUGCCCGCGCUACGGGGUCGCCACUACCAUCCACGACACGGUGAAGUACAUGCUUCGAGACUUUGCGGUCGAGGCGGGCUUCGCGGUAAAGGUGGAGGACUCUACGCUGUUCACACAGUUGGAGGCGGCUCGAGCGAGACUACUGGGACAACCAGUGGUGGGAGAGGGGACGCGGGCUGAGGGAGCGGGGGAGCAGAGAGGCGAGGCGGGAUCGCCGGGUGGCGGGGGACAGUGGGGACAGCACCAGCUGCAGGGUCAGGUGGAGCGAGGGAUAGGUGGGCAGAGGGGACGGCAGGGGGAGCACACGGGCAAGGACGGGGAGGGGAGACGGCACAGGCAGCAGCAGGAGAGCCAAUGGAGGCCGCGGGCCCAGGGCGCCGCGCCUCCAGGUUCGGCCUCGGGGGUGGGGCAGGGGCGGGAGCAGCAGAGAGCGGACGGAGGUACAGGAGGGGCAGCGGGAUUGGGAGGGGAGGGCCAAGGAGUGAGAGAGGCAGCAGGGGAUGGAGCAGGGGGGUCGGGAGGGUUGGGGGAGGGUAGAGAGGGGGAGGGGAGAGGACAGGUGGAUGGAGGAGAGGAGAGGGGGAGAGAGACGAUCGGAGAGGAGGCACCAAGGGACCAGACAGGGCAGCAGCCAGCGCAACAGCAGGGACCAGUCGGACGCACAGGCCGUGUAGGCACCGCCUCCCGCAUCCCAGACCUCACCUGCCGCGACGUUGGCCAGGGUCUGAUGGUUCUUGUGGAUGUCUCCAUAGCGGAUCCACAGCGGGAGGGGAACGUGCAGCUGAGACGGGCGACCCCCACACAGAUUGGAGUGGCAGCAGCUAGGCGGGUGCAGGAGAAGCUGCGGCACUGGGGGCCGCACUUAGAGGGGCUGCAGCCGGCACCACACUUUUACGUGUGCGUGGCAGAGACCUUUGGCCUUCUGAGUGAGCCGCUGCGUCAGUUUCUGGGGCUCUGCGCAAAGAGGAUAGCACAGCGGAGGAGGGAUAGAGGUGGGGGGGAUGACGGAUCGGCACGGAUAUUUGAGGCAGGACUCACUACACGCCUCUCCGUUGCACUGCAGCGCGCGCAGGCUCAAUGCAUGAUCCAGCAUGCGGUGCGGCAAUUAGGGAGAUCCGACGACGGGUGGAUGCCCGCACCAGUCCCACUGGGUGCGGGGCAGGGUACUUGGCACCACGUCACAGGGUGCUUCGAGAGUGUGGCUGAUAUGCAGUAUAUAUAUGAUGCAUAUGUGUAA